AUGACGCGGUUUCUAGGUGCAGUUGCUGCGUUGACGAGACCUUUGCAGGAGUUGGCCUUCCGGGACAUGCAGAAUGUCAAUCCCACCGACACACAGACUGUGGCGGAUCUCAUGAAGGUGCUUGGUAACCUGCGGUCUCCUAGGCUCAAUGUCACAAAUUAUAGUCCCAGUGAGACCUCUGACAUUAAUGUAAGUCCAGCUGGGUCCUUUUCUGACACAGGCACCAAAAACGCAGCGAUUCUACAGCAGAUUGCCCUGAUUUUGGCUCAAACCCACAAUGUCCAAUCUGCAACACUUGACGGUGUACUCUCGCCACCCCGUCGGCUUUUCGCCCAGGGCAACUAUACCUUCAUGUAUGACUCCCAGCUCGAGUGGAUCAUAUCGCACGGCCAAACCCUCAGCGAGCUAUACAUGGACGAGUGCAUGAUUUUUCAUAAGGCAGCGCUAUACUACAAGGUCGUUGGGGACACCCCCCUCAAGGAGACCGUCCUCUCCCUACAGGAGUUUCGCCCGCACCCCGACCUUCCGGACAAUCAAGUCUACGCCUCGUACAGCAGACGCUGGGCCGAUUACUUUCUAGCCUUCCAGCACGGCCUCCCUCAUCUGCGCCAUUUCCGCUUUGGUUCCUCGCCGGACUGGUGGACAGACGGGACCACGCCGUUUGAUCGAGAAACAGAGGUUAAGAUUGGAUUCCAUAGAGAGUGCUACAUGACCUUCUGUGACGGAACCCUGCCGACCGCGUACCACCGUAAAAUGAUAAGUGGAUGGGAAGAGAACGGACAGCGAAGACGCAGGGUUGAGAAGGCUUUGCUGUCGUCGCAGGAAGACCGCAGGGCUUUGGUGGUGUUGUGCGAGAAGAUCGGGCAAUCGGUUGUAUUGCACAAACGGGACUUUUUAAAGCCAGCAUAA